GUCGUGGGAACCGCCCCCUCGAGGGCCGGCGGGGCGUGCGCCUGGUACGCUCGCGCGCGCGCCAUGGCGCCCCUGGGCGGCCGCGAGUAGGUCCCCGCGGCGCGCCCGCGCGCCCAGCGGCGCCGGAGGGGCGUGCGGGCUCCCGGCGCCCCCAUGGAGCGGGAUGUCCAGGCGCGUGCGCGGGACCGCGCCGACGGCUGCCCCUUCGCCUGCCCCCGGUGCGGCGCACGCUUCGCCGACUGGCGCGGCGCCAACCAGCAUCUGAGGCAGUCCGCGCGCUGCCGCGCCGCCUUCCCCGACCUCGGCAAGACGAAGGUCGUCCAGCGCCAGUUCCGCGAGGCCGCGCGUGCCCCGGCGUGCCCCUCCCCGACCCUCGGGCGUUCCGCCGCGCCCGACGUGCUGGGGCCCGCGGGCGGCAGCGCCGCGAGCGACGGCAGCGCCGAGGGCUCCGACGGCUCCGAGGGCGCCCCGCCCGCCCGCAGCGGCGCGCGCGGCAGCCGCGCGGCGAGCGGCGCGGGCGCCGUCGGAGGCGGCGGCGAGGACGCCGAGCGUGCCGGCAGCCCCGGCGGCGGCGGCGCGCCGCCUUCUCCGGCGGGAGCGCUAGCGCCGCCGCCAGGCCCCGGCCCGCGCGCCGGGCCGGGCGCGGGGGCACCGGCGGCGCCCCCGGGGGCCGGCGUGGGCGGCACGAUCGUGGGCGCCAACGGCCGCCCGUGGGGCCGCGUCGUGGCGGAGGAGCGGCGGCACUGGCUGCUGGCGGACGGGCGCCAGGCGCGCAAGGCCGCGGAGGGGCGGAAGUGGCGCUGGUGGGCCUCGGGCUCCCGCGGCCCGUCCGGGCCGCCGCCCGCUCCCGCCUCUGAGGGCGCUGAGGUCGUGGGGCUGGACCGCCGGCCGCGAGGGCGUGUCGUCGCCGAGGAGGAGUACUGCUGGCGGCUCGCAGACGGCCGCGCGGUGUUCAAGGCGGCCGAGGGUCGCCGCUGGCACUGGGGCGGGCGGGGCUCCAGCGCAGCUGCCUCCGAGAGCAGCGCAUCUGGCGACUCAGGCUCGCCGGCGGUGGCGGCGGCAGCGCCGCCGGUGGUGGCCGCGGCUGCCCGGGCAGGGUGGGUGGCCGCGGAGCUACCCACCAUGCUGGGGCUGCCCGAGCCCACCGUGCACGGGUUGUGCGAGUGGUUGCCGCUCAGCGCCGCUACUCGCGCCCUGGCCGCCUGCCGGCAGCUGGCGGCCGCGCUCAUGCCCCGCGUGCCGCUGGCGCUGCCGCCACCGCAGGCCGACGCGUUCCUGGAGUUUUGCCUGCUGGAGGUGCUGGUCGCCUUCGACGACGACCGCCUGCCCUUGCCGAUCUCCGCGGUGUGGGGCGAGAUGCGGGCCGCCGCGAGGCGGGCGGCCUCGUCGCCCGCGGCGCGGGGGCACCUGGAGGCGCUGGUCUUCCGCGCGCUGGGCCCAGCGUGCCGGGCGCAGCAGGAGAGGUUCCUGAACGAGCGCUGCCCCCACCACAUUGCUUGGAGCCCAGAUGUUGGCAGCUCGGGGUUCCGCACGGUGGAGCGGAUGUUCAAGCAUUUUGCAGAGGCGCGGCUGCCCGGCGACAGCAGCACGUCGGAGGAGGAGAAGGACCGCGUUGAAAACGAGUUUCGGCGUGCAAACUUGUCUGGCAGCAGUUCCGACGACGAGUGCCAUUGA